AUGCCGCCGAAGAAGAAGACGGAGGACGGCGCGUCCGAGGCGAGCGCCGCACGAUUCGGUCGAGUGCGAAAUAACCUAAAGAUGGGCAUCGUGGGAUUGCCCAACGUCGGGAAGAGCUCGCUGUUCAACCUGUUGACCCGACAGAGCAUACCGGCGGAAAACUUCCCGUUCUGUACGAUCGAACCGAACGAGGCGCGAUGCGCGGUGCCGGAUGAACGGUACGAUUAUCUGUGUAACAUGUGGAAGCCGCCGAGCAUGUAUCCGGCGUUUCUCAUGGUGACGGACAUCGCGGGUUUGGUUCGCGGUGCCUCGAGCGGGGCCGGUUUAGGGAACGCGUUCUUGAGUAAUAUCAUGGCCACCGACGGGAUUUUUCACGUCAUUCGCGCGUUUGACGAUCCCGAGGUCGUGCACGUCGACGACGAGUUGGAUCCCGUGCGAGACUUGGCGACCAUCACGGCGGAAUUGUGCUUGAAAGAUAUCGAGACGGUGAAGCGCGCGGUCUCGGACGAAGAGCGCGACGUCAAGAAAAAUCCGACGAUGAAGCUCUCGGCCCUGUUCACUUCCACGAUGGAACGCUGUCUGGAGAUGUUAGAAAAGAACCUGGCGAUUCGCACGGGGUCUUGGAACACACCAGAGGUUGAGAUGAUCAAGGAGAAGCUCCCGGCACUCUUGACCACCAAACCGAUGGUGUACCUCAUCAACCUUUCGAAGAAGGAUUACAUUCGAAAGAAGAACAAGUGGUUACCAAAGAUUCACGAGUGGAUCAAGGAACACGGCGGCGGUGUCAUGAUUCCGUGCUCAGUCGAGUACGAACAGGAGCUGUUCGACAGUUGCGGGAACGAUGCGGAAAAACGUGAGGCGUUUGAAAAGGAGAACGACGGGGCCAAAUCUGCCAUUCCAAAGAUGGUGACCCAAGGAUACAAAGAGCUCAAUCUCGUGUAUUUCUUCACCGCCGGUGAAAAGGAGGUUCGAUGCUGGACCGUGUACAACGGCGCCACCGCGCCGCAAGCCGCCGGGGUCAUUCACAGCGACUUCGAGAAGACCUUCAUCAAGGCUGAGGUCUGCGCCUUCGACGAUUUCAAAGCCAUCGCGACCAAACCCGGGAUGUCCGAGGUCAAGGAGGCUGGCAAGUAUCGCCAGGAGGGCAAAUCAUACGUCGUGCAGGACGGCGACAUCGUGCACUUCAUGGCCGGCGCCGCGACGAGCAAGAAGAAGUAG